AUGUCUUCGCCCGCAACUCAAUACGUCUACGUCCCCAACCUCGUUGGCGGACAGAUGCUCAGGAUCCCCAUCGAGGACGUCGAAGCCGAGGGCCAAAUCUCCAUUGCCCAGCAGCCCAUCGCGAGCCCAACCCUCUCUUCACGAUACGUCCGCGACUCGUCACCAUCGCCAAGCAUGGAGAGCGUCGACGACACCGACGAGUAA